AAAAAAGGGGGUCAAUCCACCCUUGUCACUUCUAAUGUUUUUAAAAUGGAGAGAAACAAGAUGGAAGGGUUGUUAUUGGUGUUUUUGCAACCCCAUUAGGGGGGUAAGCCUAUUUUCUGUUGACUUCUUGUCUCUCCCCCCGGGAUAUGGCCGUGGAAGGCCUGGAAACAGCAGGGAAGACAUGCGCAGUUUUGCUGAAAGAAAGCUGGUUUUCAUUCAAAAGCGGACAAAAGAUAUUCGCUUGAAAACACGUUUUAUCACAUUUUAAACAUUUUUCUGGCUAAAAAUGAAGAGAAACGCUUCAAAAAGAAAAGAGCCGUCCACUUCUGAGACCGCUUUGGUUGGUGAGUUGUGAAAUACUUCCUUUCUAUAUUUAAAUUUUGCCAUUUCCUCCUAGUACGAGGACCGCCAUAGAAUUCCGUCUUUUUAUUUUGAAUUCCGUCUUUCCGUUCUUCUUCAAAAUUUUAACGAAUACUUAGCUUUAAUGUUGCUUUUUGCGAAGCGUUUCUAUUUCUAAUCGAGACCUCGUGAGAUGCCUGUCAUUCGCGAACUUCAAACCAUAACAUUUUAUAAAUUUGUAUUACACGGAAAACCUCCAUUUUAGCCCUCAAACAACGAAAUUAUUUCAGUAAAAUAAUUUCCUUUCCUUUCUAGUAGAGCGUAGACAAAAUGUUUAUAUUAACAAGGUGAAAAUAAGCACGUUUUGCGCGUAUUGAUUUGGUUUUAUAACUUUAUAUAGCGCCCCUUCCCCCCUGGCAUAUAUUUUAUACCGGCUCAGACCUCGCGGCGCGUUUAUAACUUUAUAUAGUGGCGAAGCAAUAAUUUCAUCAUUUUGCAUUAAUAUUUUUAUUUUAAUUAUCUAUAUUAUAAUUGAGGAUUAUGUCUAUGAAUUUCUAGGGUUUUUUGCUAAUUUUGUAAUGAAAUUUGCUCAGAACAGAAUUUGCCAUUUUAUUACAGUAAUAAAGUAUAUUGAAGUUACUUCUGUUUUGAAGUUUUGAUUGUACUUAGAGGGCCCCCUAUACCUCUUCACAAUAUGCUUUCACGUAAAAAUAUUUUGCCUUUUCACGAGUCGCGGAUUAAGAAAAUCAUCGAUCACGUUUCACGGCUAAGUAAAAUAAGCCCUUCACGCUUCACGAAAAAAGUAUAGGGGGCCCGAUCACGUUUCACGGCUAAGUAAAAUAAGCCUUUCACGCAAAAGGUAUAGGGGGCCCUCUACUUAGGGAAGAACAAGGGCUGUCUGUUAGGGGGAGCAUCCAUACUCAACUUGCCAUGAGAAAUGUCAAUUUGACGUUUCUUUUUUUUGUUUUUGAAAUUGUUACAUUUUUGGCGGGAAAAUAGUGCGACAAAAUUGGCGGCAAAAAUUUAUAUAAUAGAUACAGCUGAUUUUCGGUAUGAACCUGAAAGAGUAUACUGUAAGAACCUCGAAUCUGAAGUCCGUUUUAAAUUAUGACUAUUCAUUACGAAGUUAUAUCAAUUCAAAAUACAAGAAAUCCGCCAUUUUGUUCUAUUUUUAGUAACAAAAUGGCGAAUUUUCGAAAUUCAACUAGCUAUAUAUUGGCCAUGAAUUGGUCCAUUACAAAACAGACUUCACAUUUGAGGUUCUUACAGUAUGCUCUUUCAGAUUUAUUCAGAAGAAAACCCAUAUCUAUUAUAUAAAUUUUUGGCGCCAAUUUCGUCACGUUAUUUUCCCGCCAAAAAUGUAAGAAUUGCAAAAACAAAAAACAUCAGAUUGUUAGAAAUGAUAUAUUCUAUGUAAAGGCCAAAUAUCGUAGAAGAAGAAUAAAAAUUGAAGAAUUUCUUGUACAGCGAAAACGAACUGGACAUUUCUGAAGAAAAAAUGCCAAGCGUGGAAAAUGUGGAGAAAAUUAGAAGUAAACCACGUGCCCCCUUUAGUACAUGUUACUACCGUAUUAUCAGAAGUGGUUCCCCCCUCCAUCUGGAUUAGGGGUGUACUGGAACCAAUUUUUAAAGUUAUGGCUGGAACCGGAUCUGGCCAGAACUAGAAAAAAGUUCCGGCCGUAACUGAUCAUUAAGCGAUAUAUGGUCAUAUGUUACUUUGUCUGCUGCCAGACACUUUCAGUCAUCAAGGAGAGAGCUUGCAAAUGUUAGAGUAAAAAGAUUGACCAUCGUUAAACGUCAUAAUGAAGUGUUAAGAGUGUACAUUUUUCUUGUGUUGUUCAAGUUUUUUCCUAUGCUAUUCAAUAAAUAAACUUGAUUUCGUAUCUCUCUGAAAAUGACAAAGUUCCGGUUCCGGCCAUGGGUUUUUUAAUUAUAGUUCCCGGCUGGAACUCUGAAAAAUUGGGGUUCCAGCCGGAACUAACCGACCAGAACCAAGUUCAAGUGCACCCCUAGCUAAUCUGGAUGGCAGAAGCCUCCUUCAUAGGGAGAGUAAAUCCAUAUUGAUCAUUGAUUAUGUCAGGUGAAUCAUCUAAAAAGAAACAAACAAAAUCCCCCCAAAGUCCAGUGAUAUCCAGUGAUGUUGUUGAGGAGUCUGCUGCUGAUCAGGAGUUUUAUAAGAAGGUAAGUACAAUGUUUGAAUCACAGGGAAAUUUGUUGUUCGGAGCAGCACUUCAUGAGAGCACUUGUGACAGAUGUGAUUAGCAAAUUGUCCCUUAUAGGAUGACUGGUAGGGUGAGACGGUUAAUCGAUGGAAAAUUUUUUUAAACUGAUUCAAGCAAUGUUGUUCUACAGUACGCAAUACAAUUGUUUUUAAAACUGAAGUCUUGAAUGUGUAGCAUAAAAUGUAAUCCAACUGUAGUAUAUUUUGACAUAGUUAUAAAACCAUUUUUGUCCUCCGGUGUUUGAGAGUUUUUCUUCCAGACCUCUGUUUUUUCCCUUACUCCAAAACAUAAUCCUCAGGCCUUAGGCACAUGUAUCAAGAGCCUCUGGCUUGGGGCAGGCUCACCUUGUGUAAUCAACAUAUUAAAAAAUAUGAUGAUUAUUUUCUUCUCUAGCCAUCUGUGGUACUGGCAGAACAUUUAGGAAUGAAGUUGGAUUACUCAAUCCCGCCACACAAAGAAACUGACAUGACGUACAAGAAAUUCUUACGCAUCGUUCACAAGCAAAUUGGUUCAGCAAAUGCAGGAUUUCCGAAUUCAAAAAUCAUUGCACUUGUGGGAGCUGCAUGGAAAGAUUGCAAAGCUGAAACGCAAGGUAAAGAUACUGGCAAAACAAUUACAACAUUUUUAUAUAAAACGUUUUAGACAUAGUGAUAGCCAUACAAAUAUCAAAAAAGGGAAAUUUUACACUUUACCAUACCAGAGUAAUCACUGAAUACAUAUGCCAAUAAAAGAACGGAAAAACCGUCAGAACACACCGCCAUCAAAUACUUGCGGUACGGUAGAGUGUAAAGUACCCCAAAAAAGUUAUAUUUGUUGGGUAGUUUGAUCCUGUAAGAUCACUUAAGUAUAUCAUUCAUCAAUACCAACAGUGGACCCGAUUCAAAGUUUUACAUGUAAUGGGGAACCUCUUUUUCUCAGAAAAAAACAUAAUAGAAGAAACAAGCGGGAAAAGUGAAUCAAACCCAGCUGCUCCUGAGGUUGAAUCAGAGAUCAAACCUGAGGGAAAGAAAGUGGGCAAGAAGAAACGAUUGAUUGCACCAAUCCAAAUUAAACUCACAAAAAUGCCUGUUAGUCAAAAAUUGCACAAAUCAUUGGUAAGAUCCACAUGCCAGAAUUUGUUGAUUUUUGAAGUUUACAUCCUUGUUAAGAUGUGAUUAUGUUCAUUUUUGACAUACAUAGGAGCAGUCAGAUGAUUCAAAUAAUAAAGUCAUUUCAGAAAGUGAGGAACUGCCAGUUGUGAAAAAAUUGAAAAGUAUGUCUGUUUUAUUUGUUAGUUAUAUGUGUAACUAUUUAAACCCCUUCCCCUUUGCAUUAGAUAGUGUCAAAUGAAGUACAGUAAGCUUUGUAGGGUGUAUUUUACUGUGUCUAAUGCCAGACGACUUUUCUUUAGUUUGUAAUUCAGAGAUCCAGUAAUGGAGUGAUAAAUUCUGUUGGGGGAUUUACUUUUCACAAGGAAUCGGGUAAAUAGAAUAAUUGAAAUAUUUGUGUAGAUUGUGCAGUGCAAGAGCUAGGUGAUGAUACAGACAGAUCUAGUGACGCGGGAAGCACAAGUAGUCGAUCAAAGAAACGUAAAAAGAAUUUGAAGAAAAAGAACUUGAUUGAAAUUGAUUCUGGUGAUGAGGAGACACCAAAGAAAAAGAAAACCAAAAUAAAUGAGAAAACAAAAGCAAAGAAAGGCAAGAAAAAAGGUUGGUUGAAAUCCACUGAGGGUCCCACCCCACCUCGGCUGCACCUUUUCUUCAGGACCAAUUUUGUAAUUAUUUCAAAAUGGAGGAGAAGCUGGGAGUGGCAUAAGUUCUACUACCGGUACACAGUUUGAAAAUUCAUUUUUUGUAUGUUUGAUGUGUUUAAUUGAUUUUUGUAUUUUUUGUUUUAGUUGUUAAAAGAAGACGUCUGAAGCAAGAUCUGGUUAGUUGCUCAAGUAACCUUUUUAAUUCCACUUUUGAACUGCAAGUUCAAUGUAUUUUAGUGUGGUGUUCAUACUUUUGAUAUUGUGAUGGUGAUAUUGGUUGUGGUGAUUACGGUGGUGGUGAUUAUGGUGAUGGUGUUGAUGAUGCAGGUGAAGUGGUUAUGAUAGUGAUGAUGAUGGUGAUGAUGAUAGUAAUGGUAAUGAUGGUGGUAAUGGUGAUUGAUUGUUUGGUAAUGGUGUUGUUUAUAAUAGUAAUGGUAGUUCACAAGUGGUGGUGAUGGUAGAUAUGUUGUUGUGUUUCAGGAUGAUGAUGAUGACGAUGAUGAUGAAGCAAAUGAUCAACAUCAAGAUUAUUGUGAAGUUUGUGAAGAAAGUGGUGAACUACUGUUGUGUGAUACAUGUACAUUAUCUUUUCAUUUGCAAUGUCUUGAUCCACCAUUAGAUGAAGCACCAGAGGGAGAAUGGAGUUGUCCCAAAUGUGUAAG